CAACAGUCACAGGCAGUAUAAAGCAGCCCGCCAGAUCUGGGAUCAUAACUUGUUUGGGAACCGGCGGUGCAAGGUCAUAUUAUGAAAGUUAACUGAGUAGAAAGCUCACCCGACUACAACCAGAGAAGUCGUUCAAGUUCAAGAAUCAAACGCCAUUACAGUACCAUGCUGACUUGAUCCCACACAGCAGUCUCUGUAGGAGUAAUUCUCAAGAUGGUUUUAGAAAUGACCAGAACCGAUACUUUCUACUAAAUUGUCAGAACUUUGAAAUUUACAAACUUGUAGAAUCUUAGACGGGUAUUAGAAAAGAGCAAGAUGAAGUUCUUCUCUCAGCUGUCACUAUUGACGUGGAAGAACUUCACUCUCCGUCGUCGACAGAAGUUUCGUCUCGUGAUUGAGUUGACAUGGCCAAUCGUCAUCUUCCUCAUCCUAGCACUCGUCAGACGAGCGGAAAUGCCCAUGCCCAAGCAUGAAUGUCAUUUCUUGAGCAAGGCGUUGCCAUCAGCGGGACUCCUGCCUUUCUUCCAGUCAUUCAUGUGUGACUUCCAGAGUGAAUGUCACGAAAACGAGACUUAUGGAGAGCUUAAAGGGAAAGUCAACAAUUUUAGAGACUCGGGGUUAACAAAACUAGUUGACGAUGUCGAGGUUAUCCUGACUAAUCAGACAACGGUAGACACUCUAAUGAAACUUCUCGCUGAGCUGAGUGAAUUGAACAAGCUACUGCCGUUUCUGGACGGGUUCAAGAACAUCACUGACGCUGUUCCUGGAUCUAAAGCGCUCCUCAACUACUUGAAGAAACCGGAGGAGAUGAAGAACUUUCUCAUGAACGAUAUUAAUCUUUCACCGGCAGUGGCUGACGCAAUCUUAAACUCUAACAUUGACCCACAGGAGCUUCUUGCUCUGAUGGAUACCAAGACACUCCAGGAUGCAGCGUGUGAUAAGACACAACUUCAGAAGAUCUUCGGCAUCACCAACGAGACAACACUAGAUGAGAUGCAGAAGGAACUGUGCAACCUGACUGCCGCUAACUUCACUAGUAUCGUCCAGGUCCUUGCUAGCCAGAUUGACCUGAACAAACUUGUACCCCUGUUACAGUUAUCACCAGGUUCAUCCGGAGGACCAACAGGGAGUGGGUUGAGCCUAGAUAGCUUGACACCAAUUGUUGGUGGUCUACAGCAAACUGCAGGCUUGGCCCCGGUGUACAACUUGCUGACUAAUAAGUCUGGUCUGGUUGACUAUCUACAAGUCCAGCUUGGUUUGUCUCAAUCUCAGGCCCAACUUCUGGCGGAUUCUAUCAAUAAUCCCAAUGCUCUGAUGCUUCUCCUGCAAGGGCACAAUAUGCGUGAUAAAGUCUGCGACCCCACACAGCUGAAGAAUUACGUCACUACAACGGAUCCAGCCCAACUGGAAGAGCUGAGUGAGAUGCUAUGUAACAUGAGCGACACCAACUUGGAUCUACUCGCCCAGGAGAUCCGAACCUUGACAGAUUUCAAUGCCCUCUGGAAAACCCUGAAUGGUACUGAGUACAACAAUUUGUAUACAGACAUCCUUAAAGAAAUGAUUGCUCUUGCAACACAGAUAUCUCAACUGGACAGUUUCAACACUCUCUUGGAGGAUAUCGGUAAGACCCUGAACGGCAACGACUCCAGUCAGUUGAUUUGUGGGAGUGUCGGUCGCAUCAUGAACUUCUCGGACAUUGACUUCGGGGAUGCGGCCCUGGGAUGGGACUUCAACACCAUCUCAAAGUCUGACGGGUCUAAAGGAGUGUUUGGAAAUGGCAAGAUGAAUAAUACCGACCCGGACUCUGGAAAGCCAGGAGAUGAUUGCCAAUGGGUCCAUCAGAUUGAAGCAACGGAGAUGGGCCGUAUAAUUUGGGACAGGAUGAAACCCAUGGUGCAGGGGUACAUCCUAUUCACCCCUGACACUAAAGCCACAAGGAGGAUCAUGAAAGAGGCUGAACGCCCUUUGACCUCUAUAGAGCUCUAUGAAGACCUAGCGAAGCGGUGGCUGAAAUAUUCACCAACACUGAGAUCCUUUGUCCAGGAAAGCACGGCCUUUGAUUUGAUCAAUGAAUUUAUGGAUAAUCCAGAGUUGGUGGACCAAAUGAACGACCAGUUGAACACAAACGCCACCGUGGAUCCAGCCUUUCUGAUUAAUCUACUCAAAGACGCUCAGAGCAACAAGAGCGAGAACUACACCCAGAUGUGGCUCAGUGCCAUCGAUUCCAUGGAUAUGAUCGCCAACGCAUCGGUCAAAAUUCUCAAGUGUGUAAACUUGGACAAGAUGAUAGGGUUUGAUACGGAGGCUGAAUUCAACGACGCAGCUAGGGAGUUGCAGGGCAAUCACACUUUCUGGGGAGGUGCUGUGUUCAAAGGGUUUAAUGACUCUCUACACGACAACUCAAUCCCACCUCAUGUGAAAUACAACUUGAGAAUGGACAGCAGUAUGGUGGCAAAUACUGCCAAAUUCAGACAAUCUCACUGGUAUCCAGGGCCCAUGAGCAGUGUCUUACUCCGAGGGCAGUAUAUAACUGGAGGAUUCGUCUUCCUACAAGACAUGAUCGAUCAAGGAAUAAUCAAAGCCUCAAUCGGAACCACAGACGCCGAUGCUGGUACCUACAUACAGGAGUUCCCCUACCCCUGCUAUAUUGAUGACAUGUUCAUACAAAACCUCGGCGCUGUUCUACCCCUCCUCAUGAUCCUCUCCUGGGUCUUCUCUGUCUCAAUGAUCAUCAAGGGUAUCGUCUUAGAGAAGGAAACACGUCUCAAGGAGGUGAUGAAGGUGAUGGGAAUGGGCAACGGAGUCCACUGGGUGGCCUGGUUCAUUGAUAGCUUCAUCAUCAUGUUCAUCAGUAGCUGUCUACUCGUCGUUGUCUUAAAGGCCGGCCACGUCACAAUCAUGACGGACGCUUCUAUCUUGCUGCUGAUGUUCGUUUCCUUCAGCGUCUCUACCAUCGCCCUCUGCUUCCUCAUCAGCACCUUCUUCUCGACGGCGAACCUCUCGGCAGCUUGCGGCUCGGUCAUCUUCUUCUUGUCCUACGUGCCGUACUCGAUGGCGUACUCAUGGAACGAAGUCAUACCAUACACUGGCAAGGUUGCCUUGUGCCUUUCAAACACCAUCGGCUUUGGGUACGUCAAUAUGUACCUGACCCUGUUUGAGAUCCAAGGUACUGGAGUGACCUGGGCCAACAUUAACACCAAGCCAAUCACCGGUGGGGAUGGAAUGACCUUCCUAGAGGUCAUCUUGAUGCUGUGGCUUGAUACGAUACUCUACCUUGUACUCACAUGGUACAUUGAAGCAGUUCAUCCAGGUGCUUAUGGAAUGCCCAGACCCUGGUACUUCCCAUUCCAGCGUUCCUACUGGUUUGGUACAGACGGCGUGGAUGCUACAGAGGCAGACAUGAUCCCUAUGACAUCAAGUGGUGUCGACCCUAUGCCAGAGGAGCCUGAUUUUGAGCGGGAACCAACACACCUCAAGCUAGGAGCUUCUAUCUGCAACCUGUUCAAGGUCUACAAGACUGGCAAGAAGCUGGCUGUGAAUGACUUGAGUAUCAACUUCUAUGAAGGACAGAUUACGUCUUUCCUUGGGCAUAAUGGAGCAGGGAAGACCACCACUAUGUCAAUUCUGACAGGGUUGUUCCCACCGACAGCGGGCACGGCUUACAUCUAUGGCAAGAACAUCCUUACAGAUAUCAGCAGCAUACGCAAGAGUUUAGGCAUGUGCCCUCAACACAAUGUCCUCUUUGAUCAGUUGACCGUGGCAGAGCAUUUGUGGUUCUAUGCUAGAGUCAAAGGAGCGACUAACGCUGAAGUGGCUGUGGAAAUGGAAGAAAUGCUGAAACAUCUGAACCUCCCUCACAAGAGAAAUGAGAAAACCACUAGUCUCUCCGGUGGAAUGAAACGAAAGCUGUCCAUUGCGAUGGCAUUCGUUGCUGGGUCCAAGACAGUCAUCUUGGAUGAGCCAACAGCUGGUGUAGAUCCUUAUGCUAGACGAGAGAUAUGGGAUCUUCUAAGCAAAUACAAAGAAGGUCGUACCAUCAUCAUGUCCACUCAUCACAUGGACGAAGCAGACAUCUUGGGAGACCGCAUCGCUAUCAUCUCAUCUGGUCAGCUCCGUUGCUCGGGCUCAUCCCUCUUCCUCAAGAGUCGCUUCGGCAGUGGGUACUACCUUGUCUUGAAUAAGCACAUGCCUGGUGAUGACAUUGUUGUCCCUCCAGAGCUCCUGGAUUCGUCCACAUACAACGCCGGCUUCGGACCUCCUCCGGGUUUCUCGCCAAUGGAUCACGGGGGUAGACCGGAUCUGGUUGCAGGGGCGAUGGUGAACCCCAUGGAUGCUGAGAAGAAGAGUGCCGACUUUGAUUUGGUCGGCGCUUCUCAGAAUAAAGUUGCUCUGGAGCCGGAAGACGGAGUGGACAUACCUCUCAAGAAAGAGAAACCCCCAGUUGAUAUUCCAGAUUGUGGCUCUUGCAUGGAGUCUGUCGUGACCCGCUUCAUCCAGAGUUACAUUCCAGGCGCUUCUCUAUGUGAGAACCUCGGCAAGGAGCUCUCUUACAUCCUCCCCCAGGCAGCCACUCAAGGAGGCACCCUCGAGUUUCUCUUCAGAGAACUUGAGAUGUUCAAAGACCAGCUCUACAUCAACAGCUUCGGUAUCUCAGAUACAACCUUAGAGGAGGUCUUCCUGGCUGUUACUGAUGAUGUCGGCGUCUUCAACGAAGGUGAGACUGUCCAGGCGACUGAUAAUGGCCUCCUGCCACGCCCAUUCAUGGGGCGUGGUAGCCUGCGGAGACGCUCGUACGAGCUUCCAGCGAGGAGCAACAGCAUCAUAGAGCGGCGGAGAAAGUUGGAGCAGACUGCAGAGCAGAAUGGUCUGAUUGAUCAUGAUGCUCUUGAUUUAGAACAUCAGACCAUCCCAGAGGACUCCAUCAAUUUUGAUGAUAUCGACUUGGGAGACGGGAUAGCGGGUGCUGAGGGUGGAAGACCCACUAAAGAUUCACCCCAGAGCGAUAAGGUCCAGACGCCCAAAGGGCAGCUCGAUCGCAGUGAUAAAAUCAUCCACGAGCCGCUUAGGCGGGAGAGCAGCAGCGACCCUGUUCAACACAAGCCGAUAAGUCGUCAGGGAAGCCGCGAGCGAGUUAUCGAGAAAGUCCAGAUGAGACGCAAGCAUAGUAGGCAGCUGAGUCGUCAGCUGUCGAGACAGGCGAGUCAAGACGCACUUGAGAACCAACAGACAAAUGCAGACACGGAGCCAGUCAAGCCUAGUUUGUUUACUCGAGGCCAGUCAUUACUUCAUCCAUCAUUCAAUGCCGUGCCCACAGAAGUCCAAGUGUCCAGUGUGCGUAUGCCAGAUGCAGAAAGCUCUGAGGCCCGCGCUAAAGAUUUGAGCGGUCGACAGGUGCGCGGAUUGACCCUGAUACGCAGACAGUGUUACGCUCUCUUCCUCAAGAGAUUCCACCACUUCAGGCGAAGCGUAAAAGGCUUCUUCGCGCAGGUCAUUCUGCCAGUUGUCUUUGUGUCCUUCGCCAUGUUGUUUGGAGUUCUCAUGCCGCCACAACCCGACACAAAGCCACUUGCCAUGGUACCCUGGCUCACCGGUGACUCCAACUACAUCUUCUACAGCAAUGACAAUCCCGGGGAGAAGUUAUCUCAAGGAAUGGAGGACAGCGUGACCAAUGAUCACCCCGGUAUUAGUACAAGAUGUAUGGCUGAUAACCCAUUUGUUAAAGAUGGGUUCAGUUGCGCCCCUGACGAAUCCACCGACUGGCACACCAAAUCCAUGGACCCAGAACUCUACCUGAAGUACCUGAACGAGUCGCUCCAUUGCUAUUGUACCGGCAAGGGCUUUGAAAGAUGCGACGAGGGGGCGGAGGGACCUCCCCCUCCUGAGAGACAUACACCCAGCAUGGACAUCCUUCAGAACUACUCGGAUACAGAUGUCAGCUGGUACCUGAAGACAACGACCAAGGACUACAUUUGGAAGAGAUAUGGCGGUGUAAGCUUCUUGGAGAGGGAUGACAUGGCCCCCCUGACCCUAAACAUCUCCAAAGAGGUACUUGAUGGUUUGGAGGCUACGGACACCAGCCAGCCAACCAGCGCACUGCCAGCUGGAGUCCAGUCGAACGAACUUGUCCCAGAAAACAUAACGAUUGAGGAGAUCUAUGCAGUCAUGUUGUCCCUGGCAAGAUUCCAGAACGUCAAGGUGUGGUGGGAUAACGAAGGCUACCACGCCCUUCCUGCCUUCAUCAACAUGGCCAACAAUAUGCUGUUCCGUGGUCACAUUGAGGAAUCCAAACGCAGCGAGUAUGGAAUCUCCACAUUCAACUACCCUAUCAACUUGACGACGGAACAGCUGGACGAGCUUGUCAUGGAGCAACUCCCAGUCAACCUAGCCACAGCUUUGUUCGUGGUGUUUGCUCUUGCCUUCGUUCCGGCCAGUUUUGUGGUGUUCUUAAUCAUGGAGCGAGUCUCCAAGUCCAAACAUCUCCAGAUUGUCAGCGGAGUCAAUCGAACCAUGUACUGGGUGACAGCACUCUGCUGGGACUUGACGAACUACUUGAUCCCAGCUUUUCUGACGAUUCUAGUUUUCUGGUGCUUCAACCAGCAAGCGUACAUUAGUCCGGAGACUGCUCCUGCCACAAUCCUCCUCCUGCUGCUAUAUGGGUGGUCUGUAACCCCGAUGUCGUACCCAGCGUCGUUUCUGUUCUCAACGCCCAGCACGGCGUAUCUGUCGUUGGCUUGUGGCAACAUGCUGCUGGGUAUUCUAACUAUCACAGCAACGUUUAUUCUCGAUUACUUGGCUGCUGGAGAUGAGUCCUUGAAGGCCACUAAUGAGUUUCUGAACAAACUGUUCUUGAUCUUCCCGCCAUAUUGUCUCGGACGUGGUCUGAUCGAUAUGUCCACCAAUCACCUCACCUUUACAGUGUUGAGUCAUGUCGGUAAAGAGUCAACUCUACCCAACCCGUUGGACUGGGAUGUGAUGGGAAGUAACCUCUUUGCCAUGGCAGUCACCGGUGCUGUGUUCUUCGCUCUGACCAUACUGAUUGAGUACAAGUUCUUCCUGAAACCCAGACAUAUCAAAACUGAGUCAGCUCAUAUAGUACCUGAGGACGAUGAUGUGAUACGUGAGAAACACCGAGUACUCAGCGGGCAGGCUGAUGGGGAUGUCAUCAGAGUGGAGAGUCUCACUAAGGAUUAUAAUACGAGUCGAGGAGUUUGCUGCGCAGUUGAUCGGAUGUGUGUUGGAAUUCCCAAAGGAGAGUGUUUUGGGCUUCUUGGUGUGAACGGAGCCGGCAAGACCACCACCUUCAAGAUGCUGACGGGCGACACCCUAGUGACGUCUGGAUCCGCCUACGUUAACGGUUUCUCUAUCUUGAAGGACAUGAAGAGGGUCAGCCAAAGUAUCGGCUACUGUCCGCAGUUUGACGCCCUCAAUGACCUGCUGACUGCCGAGGAGCACUUGGCAUUCUAUGCAAGACUGAGAGGGGUUCCUGAAGAAGAUAUCAAGAAGGUCGUGGAAUGGGGCAUCAGUAAGUUGGGUUUGAAGAUGUACGCUAAGCGUGUUGCCGGAACCUACAGUGGAGGAAACAAAAGAAAACUCUCCACAGCUAUAGCUCUCAUCGGAGACCCACCUGUCAUAUUUUUGGACGAACCAACGACCGGUAUGGACCCAAAGGCACGACGAUUCCUCUGGAACCGCAUUACGAGUAUCGUCAAAGAAGGGCGCUCGGUCAUUCUCACCUCACAUAGCAUGGAGGAAUGCGAAGCCUUGUGUACAAGAGUGGCCAUUAUGGUUAACGGUAGAUUCAAAUGCAUUGGCAGUACACAGCAUCUCAAAUCAAAGUUUGGUAGAGGUUACACAAUAACCGUAAGAGUAGGCGGCGAUCCGCCCAUGAUCGAGCCCCUGAUGCGCUUUGUAGCUGAAAUGUUCCCCCACACUGUGUUAAGAGAGAGGCAUUUCAACAUGCUGGAAUAUCAGAUGCCAACUGCCAGUGCCUCUCUCGCUAAGGUCUUCGGGGCGUUCGACGCCAACAAAGAACGCUUCAAGAUUGAGGAUUAUUCUGUCAGCCAGACUACACUGGACCAGGUGUUCAUCAACUUUGCCAAAGAGCAGAAAACCGGGGAUGACGUCGAUGAGGCAAAUAGGUUGAUGGGAUUGGUCACUGUGAACAACACAAAUGUUCCAAACACCAAUCAGAUCGUCUUGUCACCAGAGUAUGGUGAGGUGCGCUACAUCCCAGAUAACCUCCCAGUGGGAGCUAACGUCUAUGGUGGUGGUGUAAUCCAACCUGACAGUAGCCAAGCAGCCUUCCACAAUCCCCUGUAUCACCAAGUCCCUACCUCGCCCACGACCCAGCCGGCCACCCUCCAAUGGCCUGGUCAUCCACAGGAUCAUACCAAGAGCGGGGACGCUAAGGGGUACUCAAACCCUCUGUACGAUGCAGCUGGGGUCAAUGCCAAAGCAGUAGGGGUCAAUGCACAGGAUGCAGGGGUCAAUGCACUAGCUUCAGGGGUCAAUGCCCAAGCUACAGAAAACAUAAAUAGCAAUAACAGUAACUGCAAUGCUCCGAAACAGCCCAAGAUGUUGCAGGAAGGUGACAGCAACAUUGAGGAUGUCUUGAAUGAUUACCUCACUCCUCGGAAGGAGUCCGAUCUCGAGAACGUCCUUCAAGCCAAGCCAGAAGGAACGUCCUCCACAUUCUGUCUGGAGAUGUAGGAUGGCAAUAGCACCAACCUGUAGAUGGCUGGUCUUAAGAGUUUCAGGAAUCACAAAGGUUCAUUUUGCAGUCAUGCAGCAGAUUCAGCCAAGCUGCUCCUGCGUGUGUAAAUUGGUAGCCUGAACAUCUGACGACACACUUCGAGGCUCAUGAAUAACGCCAGAGAGUGGCCUCUAGCCUAGGUCAAUCCCCGUCCAUAAUACAUUCAUUUUUCAUGGAGAAAGUGGACCAAUCAAAACACAGAUAUGGAAAGCUUACGUCAAUGCACGUUUUUCCAAUGAAAUCAUUAAAUCAAAUGAAAUCACUGGUCCUGAAACACUGCAGAUAAAGACAGGGGACCAGUCUAUGUAACUGGUGACUCUGAGACUCAAGAGGGCAGCAGACCAGUCACAUUUUUUUUUUAAUUGCUGCCACCAACAUCUGAAAGCCUUUCAUUUUAAACUGUAUUCAUACUGAGAGAUUAACUUGUACUUUUGAGAAUUUGUUUAAAGAUGAAAUUUCUUAAGCAGUCGUUGAUACUGCAAUGGGUGAAGUGGUUUAAUUUCCUGCCAUUUUUUAAUCCAAUAUGUGUCUCAAUUUCUAAUUAGAUAUAUAAUUUCUAAUUGUAUCUCUUCUUGUUAUUAAAUAGAGAAAUUGUUUUUUAUUCGAAGUCAUUUCCAAUCGAGGGAUUACUUAUUAUUAUUAUUAUUACCAAGUAAUGGUUUUUCUGCCAUUAAAUUUUUAGAGUCAUUACCAAACGUACACAGACCCUUUUAAAAAAAAGGGAACUUGUUAAAAUGCUUAAUGUUGUUGCAGAAUAUUUGUAGACUGCAAAAUGUCUUACCUCUCUGUUUUAUAUUUUAGAAUCAGUACUCUGAUGUUAAAUAGCGGUAGAGAAGGUUUAGGAAACAGCUUUUAACUAUGAAUUUAUUUUAUUUGGAAAUUGUAUCAAAAGCAUGGUUAUUCCAUGCGUUCAGUUUUUAAGCUGAUUUCCUUGGUUUAUUUUCUUUUAAAUAAUAGUGCCAUAGAAAGCUGAAAAAUAAAUAACUUUAUGUGUGGUCGGCCAUUUCCACUUUUUUCCAAGAAUUACAAAUAGCAUAUCUGUUAUUUUUUUUUUGAGAUACCCCCUUUCCAUUUGACAAAUCUGGUUUGAUUUCAAGAUCGGAACUAAACAGUAGUAGUUCAUAUCGUAACUAAACAUUCUUAGUUCAUAUCAGAACUAUAAGCAGAGUUAGCGUACCUAGUCAUUAGUUCUGUUCAGAACUAAGCAGUACUGGUUCUUAUCGGAACUCAACAGUACUAGUUCUUCAGAACUAAGCAGUACUAGUUCUUCAGAACUAAGCAGUACUAGUUCUUCAGAACUAAACAAUACUGGUUCUUCAGAACUAAACAGUAAUACAUGUAGUUCUUCAGAACUAAGCAGUACUAGUUCUUCAUAACUAAACAGUACUGGUUCUUCAGAACUAAGCAGUACUACAUGUAGUUCUUCAGAACUAAGCAAUACUAGUUCUUCAGAACUAAGUAGUACUAUUUCUUAUCAGAACCAAGCAGUACUAUUUCUUAUCUGAACCAUGGAGGAAGAAAAUUCAGAACUAGGCAGCACUAGUUCUUAUCAGAACUUGGCAGUACUGGUUCUUGUCAGAACUAAGCAGUAAUCAUUCUCAUCAGAACUAAACAUUAUUAGUUCAUAUCAGGGAACUAAGCAGUAAUUUAGUCUUGCAACAAUUAAGCAGUACAGAUUCUUAAUAAAAAACUAAGUAGUUCUUGUUCUUAUCAGAACUUAGCAGUACUCUUUCUUAUCAAACUGAACAUUCUACUUAGUGAAAAGACAUAGUAUCACAUGAUAUUACCUUGUGAUAGUAAGUUUGUCCUAUAAAACAAACUAGUUCACAAACUCUAGUGAAGCUAUGUAAGUUUCAUUAUAAUGCCAAAUAAUAUUAGUUAUUAGAUAUAAUUAUAAGUUUAUUUUAAUACUGGUUUUAAAACAUUUUUAAAAGGGGAUACACUUAUGUUUAUUUUUAAAAUGAAAAGUUUAUUUGAUAUUUUGAAAGGUAGUGUUUAUUUUAAGUGAAGUUUGCUUGUAGAAUAGCUUUACAGUUAAGGCAAUAUGAACUUUGUUUAAUCAUGCUGUGACCAAGACUGUAGAGCAGAACACCAUAAUUGACUUCUCUUCAUCCAGGUGUAUGAAUUUGAUAAAGUAUUGGGCUGGGUUUCACAAAACAAAGAAAGAUUCAUCUUAAGUUGAGUUGCCAGUAUUACAAUAGUUGCCAGUAUUACAAUAGUGAUUUGUAUUGUGCACUUAAACAUGUUAAAGGCAGUGAACACUAUUGGUAAUUACUCAAAAUAAUUAUUCGCAUAAA